UGCAAAUCAAAAUCACAAUGGCAACAAAGUGAGACUCUGUCUCAAAAAAAAAAAAAAGCCACAAUUGGAUAAAUUUUGAGCAGCAGGGAAGCAAGCUGAGGUAUUGUUAGUUACCUUACAGAGACACCCCAGCAGCAAAGAACCAAUGGAUGACCUGGCCUAUAGACAGAAAAAAUCCGAGACUAUUGGUCCAAACUGAAACCUGCUGAUUACUGGUGAGUGAGCUGGAAGGAACAUCCUGCCCAGUCGCUCCUCAGUUGAGACCACAGCCCCAGCCUCCCAAGAGGCCUUGAGGCAGAGAUGCCCAACUGAGCCAUGCAGGAUCCUAAAACACACAAACUUUCAGAUAAUUAUAAUGCUUGUUUUUACAUGAUAUACAGCUGCCACAAUGCAACAUGUUAUUUGCAGUGUAAUCCGUUGACAAAUCCUUCUCAAAUUCUUUGUAUGAUUCCAUUUCUCUAGCCAUAAUUAAAUAAUAACAUUUAGUUUAGAAUCUUCAGGAUUAACAGAAAAUUAUAUUUUUCCCCAGGGAAACAUCACAGGGAAGCACAGAAUCCAGUAAGAUACAUGUGCUUUGCUGUCAGCCCCUCAUGUCUCAGACCUCAUCAUUUUGUCUUUUCUCCCGGGGAGCCCCUGUCUGCCUCCAGGGAUCAUGGAAAUGGAAAUGAAGGGCCUCUCCCAAACACACUCAUCUCCCUGGAGAUGCUCACCAGAAAGGCAUCAUUGUUUUUGGUAAUUGGCAACUGGGGCAAAGUUUUUCAAACUAUGAUUAGCUCCCCAGUGUGCAGUGUCACUGUUACUACAGGUUAAAAGAUAAUUGCAGUCCUUUGGGGAGGUGAGGUCACAGGAUCACAAAGCAUAUCCAAAACGUGGCUGCCCCCCUCCCACACACUGGCUGUGCUGAGCUGAUUGUGAUGCCUGAGCCCAUCAGCAAUGGAAGAAACUCAGGUGAACAUUUAUGUUUUGAUCUAUGAGAGAAAGACUGCAAGGCUAUUAAAUGUAUUAGGAACCGGGGAGUGAAGGACACCUUUCUAAGAUGGAUAGAGGUGUUUCCACAAUACCUUCAUGGCUGUGAUAAUGUACAAGAGAACACCUGUUGUCCAUGAUUGUGGUAUAUGACAGUUUUCCUUCACAAAGUCAACAGGAAAGGAUUCUCUCACACUGAAUGAGAUUGUCAGUCACCGGAAAAUGACAAAUGGCCUCCAAGGAUGUGGCAAUAGGAAUGAUCUUUUUAUCUCAGACUAUGGUUGGAUUGCUGGGGAAUUUCCUUCUUCUUUUCCAUUACAGUUUCCUUUAUUAUACCAGAGGCACUUUAAGAUUCACAGAUUUGGUUCUCAAGCACAUGACUGUAGCCAACUUCUUGGUCAUACUCUCCAAAGGACUCACACAUACAGUGACAACUUUGGGGUUGAAACAUUUCUGGAAUGACUUCUUGUGCAAACUUGUUUUCUAUGCUCAUAGAGUGGGCAGGGGUGUGUGCAUGGGCACCACCUGUCUCUUGAGUGUCUUCCAGGCCAUCACCAUCAGCCCCACAGGCUCCAGGUGGGCAGAGCUGAAACCACAAGCUUCUCAAUGCAUUGGGCCCCUCAGUAUCCUGUGCUGGAUCUUGAACCUGCUAGUAAAUAUCAUUAUUAUUCAGAAUGUGAUGGGCCAGCAGAAGAGCAUAAACAGCACAAGGCACAACGUUUUGGGAUAUUGUGCAAUAUUUGAUUUUCACGACAGCAUUAUGGGAUUCCUACAUAUUAUGUUGUUUUCAUCAUAUGAUGUUUUGUGUUUGGGACUCAUGACCUGGGCCAGUGGCUCCAUGGUUUGCAUCCUGCACAGGCACAAGCAGCAGGUGCAACACAUUCAUAGGACCAACCUCUCCCCCAGAUCCUCCCCUGAGUCCAGAGUCACCCAAAGCAUCCUUGUCCUAGUGAGCACCUUUGUGUCAUUUUACACUCUCUCCUCUGUCUUUACAUUAUUGUUGGCUAUUUUUCCUAAUCCAGAUUUGUGGCUGGUGAACACCUCUGCCCUAAUCGCUGCUUGUUUUCCUACAGUCAGCCCCUUUUUUCUCAUGAGCCGUGACCCCAGGAUACCCAAAAUCUGUUCUGCCUGCUGUGGAAGAAAUACAAUAUUCUCUCAGCUAAUAGAAUUCCUGUGAAUUUUAGGUGGUUUUUCAUGAUUCAUUAUGUACUGUGCAGUCACUUAUUGUUUUCUUGAAGAGGUUUAACCCCCAAUAUGGUCAGU